AUUCCCUAGGAAUUAGGGCAAGAGGAAGAAUAAUGUUGUGAAUUAGUUUAGGUAUAAUGUGCCCUUAAAUACAUGCAGCUGAGAGAACAUGCAUCUAUAUGAUGGACAGCCCAAACGGAAAUCAGGUGUGCAGCCCAAAUCCUUUCUUGAGAGCUUGGGCUUGGAAAAGAGAGCACAGGCCUGAUAGGGAUCGUUUUCAUAGACCCUACGGUUACAAACUCAAAACUGGAGGUCUUUUACAUGAUUUGGUUAUUCAUCAAUCUCCAUUCAAGAAUACUGGAUUUGCUUCAACAGUAUGGGAUAGUGCGAUAGUCUUGUCCAAGUAUCUUGAGAAGUGGCCCCAUAUAGUAGGGGAGAAGGAUUGCAUAGAACUUGGAGCAGGUUGUGGACUCCCAGGCAUUGUUGCAGCUUACCUUGGAGCUUCAUCAGUUCGGCUUACUGAUUUUCCAGAGAAUCUUGAUCUUCUGCAAAGAAAUGUUAUAGCUAAUAAAAUGCAGAAGACUGUCUCCGUAAUUCCAUUGGUUUGGGGAAACAGAUCUGAACUGCUUUCAGGUCCCUUUGACCUGGUUAUAGCAACUGAUGUGAUGUACUGCGUUGAAGUGGUAGAUUCACUUCUGAAUACAUUUAAGAUGCUCUCAGGUCCAGAUACAAUUAUACUUUUAGCUUAUGGGCGUAACAGACAGGCUGAGCAAGCCUUCUUAGAAAAAGCUCGUUUUAAUUUUCUUAUCAAACAGGUAUCGAAUGAGGAAUUGGACGAUGUGUAUCAAUGUAUAGAUGUAGAUGUUUUGGAAUUAAGGCUUAAAAAUAGCAUCCUCUCUUAAUCU